CCUACAGGAAUGGAAGGGGUGGCCUAGUAUAUGCCGGGACCACAUGGUAUGUGUAAGUGUUGUGUGAUUAUUUUCCAAUUGCCAGUUAUCCUGAGGACAGUCGACAGCUAUCCAUGGAAUAAAAACGAUGAAAUGACCAAAGCGGACAAGAAUAAACUUAAGAAAUUGGCGAUGGAGCUUGUACUGGAGGCCAAUUUGAAGAUUCGUCAAGUGUUACCAGUGAGAGACCUUCAUGCUGAUUUUAUGGCAUUCGACGUCGGCGUAAUUAUGGGAAACUCGCGAAUGGCUUUUGGCCGUACACAUAAAAGAGGUGAUACAUCAGAAAAUGAGCAACAGCUGAAGAGAAACUAUCGCAAGCAAUUCUUGCUGAGGAAAAUGGGUUUGCCUGCGAAUAGUACCACAAAGAAAAGAUUUCUUCACCAAUGGCCGGUGGAGUCGAGUUGGACUAUGGGCCUGUAUGACGAUCUUGGUCUCUGAGAGUUAAAUGCAAUGAUUUCAUAAUAAUAUUUAUAUGAUAAA